AUGGAUCAAGAAACGGGGCGAGGUCGGACCCAGAGUAAUCGUGAGCCGAAUGAGAGGCGGGCCGUCUGGGCCCGAAGUGCUGAAGAGAUGAGCCUGAUUGACCAAGCCCGAGAGUGGGCCGAACCGGAAUCUCAGAGGGGCCCAAGACGCGGCGACCGGCCACCGGAUCGGUCGAAAACGGGUGAUGGUUGGCUGAACCGCGAGGGGCGACCCGGAAUCGAGCGGGGCCGACCGGAGGGAGCUGGGCCGGGGCGACAUGAAUCGGACCGGUUCGGACUCGCCGAACUGAACCGAACCUGGUCGAACCAGGAGAACCGAAUCGGUCUGGAUGGGGAGGCAACCGGACAGCAGCGGACAGCGGAGUUGAGAUGGGCCGGUCGGGUGUCUGGAGGGGGAUGGGUGGAGGAUCUGAUGCGGUGUACCCUCCCCUGGUGA